UAGUGCAGAGCAAGGAUGGGCCGGCGGACGCGCGACGGCCGCUGAGGCCCACUCGGCAGCGGCCAAAUGCCUAGGCCAGCCACCUAGCUAGAAGAUGCAAGCGGCCGGCCGCCGCAACGCCAACAAAAAAGCCGCCGCCGCCGCCUCCAAGAAGGACGAGGGGGCGGCAGAGGGGGCGGCCGGCCCCGCGGCCGCCCCCGACUCGGCCGGGGGCCCCUCGCAUUCGGCGGGGGGCGGCUCCUCGUCGGGCGGCGAUGGCGGCAAGGAUGGCGACGGCCCCGCCGCGGGCCCCGCCACCCACGCCACGGGGCGCCAGGCCAACGCGGCGCCCAACCUCAGGGACAUGGGCAUCAGGGUCCUCUCCCUGUGCGCCAAGGGCGAGUACCCUGCCGUCGACCAGCUGCUCAAGAACAUCGACAAGUUCUGCCGCGAGAACCCACCUGAAGACGGUUCUCCGCCCCUCGCGGGCGUCCAGGACCCCGUGAACGGGAUGACACCCCUGAUGUACGCGGUCAAGGACAACAGAACGUCGCUGGUCGACAGGCUGAUCGAGAUGGGAGUCGAUUUACAAGCGAGAAAUCACAAGCCGCGCACAAAGGGCAUGAUGCGCUGGCAGAAGCUGCUGGCCCUGAAAAGGGGCCUCGACGAGCCCUCGGCCAUCAACGAAUACUACAACAACAAUCAGGCAAUGAAGUUGCUGCUGGUGCCGGGCGCCAAGUCGGGCGAAGACAAAAAGGCCACCAGCCCGGGCACCUCGGCCAAACGGAAGCGCAACGACGAGCUGAACCUCUUGGACAACCUGCAAGCGAUCCACAUCGCGGCCAACCACUCUCGCGAGGAUGUGGUCAAACUUCUGUGUUCCAAGAGGGGCAUUGACCUGACUGCAACUGGAGGGAAACUCCAGCAAACGUGUGUUCACAUGAUAGCCGGCAGGAUGACCAGCACGGCUACAAACAUUGCCAAAGUUAUUCUAAACUCCGCCCCGAAAGAAAUCAGACUAAAGCAGGACGUGAACGGCAAAAUUCCGCUCUUCCUUGCCAUCGAAGUGGGCAACCAGUCGAUGUGCCGAGAACUGUUGACGCACCUUGCGUUGGAGCAGUUGACGGUGGUCAACGAACGCGGCGAUUACGCCCUCCACUUAGCAGCCAGGAAAAAGGACGUCGAGGUCGCUCGCAUCCUGGUUGAAUACGGCGCCGAAGUUGACGCUCAGAACAACGAGGGGCAGUGCGCGCUGCACAUUUCGGCCGACGUCGGCGACGACGCCAUGGUCAGAUUCUUCUUUGCUGUCCGGGCAAGUGCUUCCAUAGUAGACAAACAAGACCGGACACCAAUGCAUUUGGCCGCGGAGAAGGGUCAUGCGAGCAUUAUUGAGACGCUCGUCGACAAGUUCAAAGCAUCGAUCUGGGAGCGGACCAAAGACGGCAGCACCCUGAUGCACAUCGCAUCGCUGAACGGACAUGCUGACUGCGCCACCAUGCUGUUCAAGAAGGGCGUCUACCUGAUGAUGCCCAACAAAAAGGGCGCGCGCAGCAUCCACACGGCCGCGCGUUACGGCCACGUCGGCAUUAUCAGCACCCUGCUCAGCAAGGGCGAAAAGGUCGACGUCAGAACAAACGAUAACUACACGGCCCUGCACAUAGCUGUCGAGUCAGGCAAGCCUUCCUCAGUAGAAACCCUCCUUGGUUUUGGCGCCGAGGUGCACGUAAAAGGUGGAAAACUACUCGAAACGCCACUGCACAUCGCCGCCAGGGUCAAGGACGGAGAUCGGUGCGGCUUGAUGCUGCUCAAGUCGGGUGCAGGUGCUAACGUGCCCACGGACGAUGGACAGACGCCGGUGCACGUUGCGUCCAAGUACGGCAACCUUGCCACCCUGCUCCUUCUGCUCGAGGACGGAGGCGACCCUCUCAGGACUUCCAAAAUUGGAGAGACGCCUCUGCACCUGGCUUGCCGUGGCUGCAGGGCGGACGUGGUGCGCCACCUGAUCACCUUCGUCACCGCCUCCAAGGGCAAGAGCGUGGCCAUACAGUACGUGAACGCUGCGAGCGACGAAGGCGCCAGUGCCAUCCACUACGCGGCGCAGGUGACCAAGAAGGAGGUCGAACACCCCAUGGAGGACAAGGAGGUCAUCAGGCUGCUGCUCGAGAGCGGAGCAGACACCACGCAGACCACGAAAACGACGCAAGAAACUGCUUUUCACUACUGCGCGCACGCCGGCAACAACGACGUGCUGUGCGAAAUGAUCUCGCACUUGUCGCAAACCGAGGUUCAGAAGGCCCUCAACAGACAGACGGACAAAGGCUGGACACCUCUCCUCAUCGCUUGCUACCACGGACACAUGGAACUAGUGAACACUCUCUUGGCCAAUCACGCGAGGGUGGACGUUUUCGACCUGGAGGGCCGGUCGGCGCUUCAUUUGGCCGCCGAGCACGGCUACAUCAAUGUGUGCGACGCCCUUCUGCAGCACAAGGCUUUCAUCAACAGCAAGUCGAGAAUCGGCUACACGGCGUUGCACAUGGCCGCGCAGAACGGAUACACGCAGCUCGUCAAGUUCCUCGUCAAAGACCACAUCGCGGUCAUCGACGUCCUCACCCUCAAAAAACAAACGCCUCUACAUUUGGCGGCAGCCGACGGGCAGCUUGAGGUUUGUCGCCUCUUGUUGGAACUCGGCGCCAGCAUCGACGCCACGGACGAACUCGGCCAAAAGCCCAUUCACGUGGCGGCGCAGAACAACUUUUCGGCCGUCGUUGCUCUCUUCCUGCAGAAACACCCUCAGCUCGUCGGCGCCAACACCAAGGACGGAAACACGUGUGCGCACAUCGCGGCGAUGCGAGGCUCCGUUCGUGUGAUCGAGGAGUUGAUGAAGUUCGACCGUCAGGGCGUGAUCUCAGCAAGGAACAGGGUGACGGAGGCCACGGCCCUGCAGCUGGCGGCCGAAGGCGGCCACGCCGAGGUGGUCAAGGUGCUGGUCAAGGCCGGCGCCUCACCCAUCGAGGAGAACAAGGCGGGCCUCACGGCCGUCCACUUGGCCGCGCAGAACGGACACACGGCUGCCCUCGAGGUCUUCUCCACCUCCAACCUCAGGGUCAACAGCAAGAAGCUGGGGGUCACUGCCCUCCACGUCGCUGCCUUUUGCGGACAAGCAGACACGCUGCGAGAGUUGCUGGCGCACGUGGCAGGCGCUGUAAAAUCUGAAGCACCAAGUGGCCAGGGUCUGGUGGAAGAGCUGGGCUCCGAGUCAGGUAUGACUCCUCUCCACCUGGCAGCCUACUCUGGCAAUGAAGGAGUCGUUCGUCUGCUUCUCAACUCGGCCGGUGUCCAAGUCGAGUCGGCUACUACCGAGAACGGUUACAACCCGCUUCACCUGGCCUGCUUCGGCGGCCACAUCGCGGUGGUAGGCCUCCUCUUGAGCAGGGCCGCCGAUCUUCUGCCCAGCACGGACAAACACGGCAAAACGGCCCUCCACAUCGCCUCGAUGCACGGCCACUAUGGCAUGGUGGAAGUGCUGCUCGGCCAGGGCGGCGAAAUUAAUGCCACCGACAGGAACGGCUGGACUCCCCUUCAUUACGCGGCCCGCGCUGGCUGCUUCGACGUAGUGACCCUGCUGACGGAUAGCGGCGCCUCACCGAAGGCCGAAACCAACUACGGCAGUGCACCCAUCUGGUUCGCUGCCUCCGAAGGCCACUACGACGUCCUCCACUACCUGAUGCACCGAGAGCACGACACCUACGCUCUGAUGGAGGACAAGAGGUUCGUUUACAACCUGAUGGUGUGCAGCAAAAACCACAACAACAGGCCCAUUGAGGAGUUUGUGCUCGUCUCUCCGGCGCCGGUGGACGCGGCGGCGAAACUUUCAGCCAUUCUCAACAACCUUUCCCAAAAGGAAAAAGAACGUGCCAAAGACUUGAUUGCGGCGGGCAAGCAGUGCGAGGCGAUGGCCACCGAGCUGCUGGCGCUGGCCGCCGGCGCCGACUCGGCAGGCAAAAUCCUCAACGCCACCGACCGGCGCAACGUCGAGUUCCUCGACGUGCUCAUCGAGAACGAGCAGAAGGAGGUGAUCGCCCACACCGUCGUCCAGAGGUACCUGCAGGAAUUGUGGCACGGGUCACUCGGGUGGGCCGCGUGGCGCACAAUGCUCCUCUUCUUCGGCUUCAUAAUUUGCCCACCGAUCUGGAUGGUCUUUUCUCUUCCUUUAGGUCACAGGUUCAAUAAAAUUCCCAUCAUCAAAUUCAUGUCGUACCUGACGUCACACAUUUACAUGAUGUUCCUUCUGAUGCUUGUUGCCAUCACACCCAUUUAUCCAGUAGUUAGAGCUACGUUGUUGCCGUAUUGGUAUGAGUGGACGCUUCUUGUGUGGCUAUCGGGGUUGCUGCUGUUUGAGCUGACCAACCCCAGCGAUAAAAGCGGCCUCGGCUGGAUCAAGGUGACGGUGCUGGUGUUCGGAAUUUUCGGGGUGGCGUUCCACCUGUUAGGGUUGGUCAUCGCGCGGCCCUACUGGCCCACCCUGAUGUACCUGCGAAACCAGCUGUUCGCGCUGGCCUUCCUGCUCGCGGCCGUGCAGAUCCUCGACUUCCUCAGCUUCCACUACCUGUUCGGUCCCUGGGCCAUCAUCAUCGGCAACCUGAUGAAGGAUCUGGCGCGCUUCCUCGCUGUGCUCUGCAUCUUCGUGUUCGGCUUCUCGAUGCACGUGGUCGCACUUAACCAGCCAUUUCGCAACCAGACGCCCGAGGAGAUCAAGAAGAACAUGAGCCCCAUCGUCUACACGGGACCAUUCUCAGAAGUCAAACUGAGCCCGAUCAGUGCCUUCGAAAAACUGUUCUUCGCCGUGUUCGGUCUGACCAACUGGGACAACCUGCAGGUCAAGGCUCUUGACAAGAAGUUCGAACAACCAGAGUGGACCAGCAUCCUUUUUAAGCUGGUCUUCGGACUGUACCUCCUUGUGUCAGUUGUGGUGCUGAUCAACCUGCUCAUUGCCAUGAUGUCAGACACCUACCAGCGAAUUCAGGCCCAAUCUGACAUUGAGUGGAAGUACGGUCUUGCCAAACUGAUUCGUCAUAUGCACCGGACAAACACAGCACCUUCACCCCUCAACCUUGUCACCACAUGGUUCAUCUUUGUUUUAAGGUUCUGCAAACAGAAAUUGAAACGGCGGAAAAGACCGAGUUUGGUGGAGAUGGUCGGCAUGCACCAGAACCGCGUCUCAGCGCGCACCAAAGUGGCCGCUAAGUGGCUGUCCAAAAUCAAGAAGGUGCAAGUACAACCAAGAGCAGGUAGGAAAGACUCGACGGCCUUGAGCGUGGCGCCGAUCAGUCCGCUGGGUUCGCAGCUGAGCUUCAACAACCAGCAGCGCAUCGAAAACGUGGCCGACUGGGAGACGAUCGCCAAGAAGUACCGGGCCAUCAUGUGGCCCGAGGAGGAGGAGCACGUGGCUGCCGCGGCCGCCAACGCAGGCCAACGGCCGCCGUCCGCCGCCCAGCACAAAACCGUGAACGAGCAGCUGUCGGUGUCCGAGCCGUCCGGCCCCUCCGUAUAAAAACAAUUUCUUCCUCAUUUUGUGUAAAGUGAUGGUUUCGAUUUCCAUUCAAUCUACUAUUGUAAUAAUAAUACAAAAUAAUAUUUCUCUUCAAAUGUGUACAAUCAGUAUUGAAUUAAAGAAAUUUACCAUUAAGAUUUAACAUUUGCAGACAUUGGU